AUGGGCAGCAUCAUUGGAACCAUGGGGUGCAGCAGUUCUGUAGCUGACAGAAGGUCAGAGAAAGUCAUUAGAGCUGCUAUCCUCAUCCAGAAUUGGUACCGCCUUACAAUGGCCCGGAUAGAGAUGAGGCGCCGCUAUUCUCUGAGUAUCUUUCAGUCAAUCGAAUAUGCUGAUGAGCAAGAUCAACUACAGCUAUCCAACUUUUUUACAUUCAUGCUGGAUCACUGUACUAAUCCUGAUGCAGUUUCUCACAUUUUCACCAGCCCUAGUGUAUCUCAGGGAGUGGAUGAAGGUUUAUAUUUAACAGAAUUUGAAAAGAAGAUUGAUGUUCCAGACUCCUAUUAUGGACCACGACUCUCAUUCCCCCUUACUGUUGAAGAUGCCAAUGCUCUUCUUCAUGCGUUCAGGAACGAACAGCUGCUUCAUGCCCGCUAUGUACUGCAGCUACUUUGUGAAACUAGGAGGGUUCUGAAGGAGAUGCCAAAUAUCACCCAUCUUUCAACUUCCUACUCCAAGGAGAUAACUGUCUGUGGAGAUUUGCAUGGAAACCUGGAUGAUCUUUUGCUGAUAUUCUACAAGAACGGUCUGCCUUCAGAACAAAACCGAUAUGUCUUUAAUGGUGAUUUUGUUGACAGAGGGAAAAAUUCUAUGGAAAUACUUAUAAUCCUGUUUGCAUUUCUUCUUAUCUACCCCAAUGAUUUACACUUGAACAGAGGAAACCAUGAAGACUAUAUCAUGAACCUGAGAUAUGGCUUCACAAAAGAAGUUUCAAAGAAGUACAAGGACCAUGGGAAACAGAUUUUGUGUCUUCUGCGAGAUGUCUUUAGCUGGCUUCCCCUCGCCACUAUAAUUGAUAGCAAAGUUCUAAUCCUACACGGAGGGAUUUCAGACACCACAGAUUUGGAUUUCCUGAAUGCACUUGAGAGAAAUAAGUUGAAAUCUUUGAUGCGGCCACCGAAGUCGGUGAGAGACAGACAGGACCAAGUGAAGGAGACAAUUCCUGCAACCAGACCCAGUAAACACAUUGCCAACUGGAACACAGCAGGGAAAACACAACACAUCUCGUCAUUGGGCUCCACUGAGCCUUCAGGCUCAAGUCUGCCUCCAGACCCUGCCCUGAAGGAAUGGAAGCAGAUCCUUGACAUUCUCUGGAGUGAUCCAAGAAGCCAGAAUGGCUGUACACCAAACAAGUGUCGAGGAGGAGGUUGUUACUUUGGCCCUGACGUCACUGCCAAGCUGUUUGAAAAGUAUAAUCUGAAGAUGCUCAUCAGGUCUCAUGAAUUUAAGCCGGAAGGUUAUGAGAUUAGUCACGAUGGAAAGGUUAUCACCAUAUUUUCUGCCUCUAACUAUUAUGAAGAGGGGAGCAACCGGGGAGCGUACAUCAAACUGAAUCCUGAACUGAUUCCUCGGUUUGUGCAGUAUCGAGUCAGCAAGUACACACGCAGGCAGAAUCUUCGGGAGAGGGUGGGUACAAUUGAAUCAUCUGCCCUAAAGUCCUUACGAGAGAAGAUUUAUGCCCACAGGUCUGAACUCACUAGUGCUUUUGCACAGUAUGACCUCAACGGCACAGGCAAAAUUUCUGUCAAUGACUGGGUUGCAGCGAUGGAGUCUGUCCUACAGCUGGAUCUGCCCUGGAGGAUGCUGCGGUCUCAGUUAGCACAGAUGAACCCAGAUGGAGAAGUUGACUUCAUGUCAUGUUUUUACGAUUUGAAAAUAGGUCAACCUGUAAAAGAGGUUCAGCCAGCCUUGGUGGAAACACUGUGCAGAUACAGGAAGGAUCUGGAGAUCAUCUUUAACAUCAUUGACAAAGAUCACUCAGGUCUGAUUUCUCUUGAGGAGUUUGGCCAGACAUGGAAACUCUUCACUUCUCACCUGGGCAUCGACGUGCAUGAUGAAUCCAUUGACAAGUUAGUCCUCAGCAUAGACUACAACAAAGAUGGCCACAUUGACUUCAAUGAAUUUUUAGAGGCCUUUCACGUGGUUCAUAGACUAGAGAAAAAGGCAAACUCAUGA